AUGGCUGCGGGUGCAACGCCCACCACCGAUUUCUCUGGAUGUGAGUGCAACUCCUAUGACAUACUCCCUGGAUGUGAGUGCAACUCCGGCGACACGCUCUCUGGAUGUGAGUGCAACUCCGGCGACACGCUCUCUGGAUGUGAGUGCAACUCCUUCGACACGCUCUCUGGAUGUGAGACGCAAUCCGUGGGCGGAUUGAGUGAAGCUCUCUCAGGAGGUUUCAAGGCACGGCGGAUGGAACGAGGAGAAGAGCGAGAGAGGUGGGAUGACGCACGGCCGGCAGGCAGUAGCAUGUGGGUGCCUCCUACCCGCCCUGCUGACCACCCGCUUGCUGGCGGCACGCGAGGCGAGGCGGAUGGAGCAGGGAUGGAGCGAGCAAAGCUCGUUGUUCCCUUGCGUGUUCUCCCACCUGCACCCUUGGGAGCCGCGGGCGCAUCAUGGCGAAGUGGAGAGCUGGUGGGGGCGGCUGCAGAGCGGGAGGCGCGGCAGCAGCAGCUACACGGGAAGGAGGGAGGCGGGUUGCAGUGCGGAGGAGGAGGGAGCAGCAGCUGCCAGCAGCAGCGCCUUCUUUCAGAAGGGAGUAUGGGGCUCAGGGAGGGGACCAAUUUCCGCUCUGUUUUCACAUUCAUUUCAGCAGGAGGCGCGGCAGCAGGAGGGACGAGGGAGGCGGGUCAGAGUGCGGAGGAGGGAGCAGCAGGUGUCACCAGCGCCUACUUUCAGAAGGGAGGUCCUAAGCGAUGGUUCCCACCUCACCGCGGUGCUUGGGUGUAA